UCACUCCUUCAUGAGCACCGGAUGCCCCAGCUUCUUCCAGACCUAACACACACAGAUACACACACAUGCAGUGCAGGAGACACAGUGACACCCACACACACAGAGGCCAUCGUGCAGCAAGACUCUGUCUUCACCUGUCGUGUCUUGCUGUGGGGGAUGGGCAGACCGAUAUCAGCGCAGUUGACGUAG